AUGUUUUGGCGAAACCCAAGGCAGCCUCCCGUCAUGAAAGCUCUCCUCCUGGUGGCGCUGGCCGCCGUAGCAGCACCCUCUCGCGCCCACGAGAUCCUGUGGGGUUCGUGUCCCUCCGUCGAGCCCGUCGCCGACUUCGACAUGGAGCGGUUCUCAGGUUUAUGGUACGUGAUCGAGAAGUUCGACAACGACGAGAGCUGCGUCACGUGGAACAUCAGCAAAGGGUCGGAACCGAACAGCUGGGUCCUCCUCGAGCGAAAGGCCUCGGGGUUUCUCUCCACGGUGGGCCUUGACCAGGAUGACCUCCACACGGCCGCCAUCACCCUCGAUCCAGGUCGUCCGGGGGUCAUGCAAAUCAACUGGCGUCUCAACAUCGUGGGGAGUUACGAGAUGACCGUCCACUCCACGGACUACGAUCGCUUCGCCGGCGCCUUUGAGUGCCAGCAGGUGGCCCUCUUCCAGCGCCAGCAGGCCACGGUGCUCUCGCGCAAACCCAACCUGCAGAUCGACCUCAGGCAGAUGGCCCGUCUAGACCGCGGGGAUAUCCGUGUGGAGUACUACAGGCCGGUCUACCACGGUGGCUGCGGCUACGAAGAGUCCUCUAUCUUAGCAGGGGCAGGGAGCAGCGAUCCUGGACCUCUGGGUGUUCCUUCGGGCGUUCUUCCGGGCGCUUCCUUCGGCGAUCUGAUUCAGUAG